UACGUUUCUCCUCCUUUACCAGAGAGGUUGAGUGCAAAUGAUAUGAGCAACGUCCCUAGUUUUCUCCUAAAUCUUAUUAGCCCCGCCUCCCACAGUAGUUUCACUUCUCAAUUUAAUCCAGUCUGAGUUAACUUCCUGACCCAGGAAGUGGCAGCUACAGAGGGGACCAGCAGCGAAUAUACUUUACACCAAAUCUCAGAAGAUUCAGAACUUAGGUAAGUGGGGCCCAGGACAGGAACCCUGGAGCCUUGGAAGCAGGGGAGCCCCUUCUCCCCAGGAGCGCGGUGACCCUAGCAGAGAGGGGCCUGGUGUAUCACUGGAGGAAGUAGCCCGCCAAGGACCAGACAUCAUCAGAAGAAAUUCUGUGUGGCUUCAAGAGACUGAUCUGGUUGUGACAGGAAAUCAGCCUACACGAGCCCAUAUUGGAGCUUUUCAAUAAAAGCUAUGGCCUCAACCACCAGCACCAAGAAGAUGAUGGAGGAAGCCACCUGCUCCAUCUGCCUGAGCCUGAUGACGAAUCCAGUAAGCAUCAACUGUGGACACAGCUACUGCCACUUGUGCAUAACGGACUUCUUUAAAAACCCAAGCCAAAAGCGACUGAAGCAGGAGACAUUCUGCUGUCCCCAGUGUCGGGCUCCAUUUCACAUGGAUAGCGUCCGACCGAACAAGCAGCUGGGAAGCCUCAUUGAAGCCCUCAAAGAGAUGGAUCAAGAGAUGUCAUGUGAGGAACACGGAGAGCAGCUCCACCUGUUCUGCGAAGACGAGGGGCAGCUCAUCUGCUGGCGCUGUGAGCGGGCACCGCAGCACAAAGGGCACACCACAGCUCUUGUUGAAGAUGUAUGCCAGGGCUACAAGGAAAAGCUCCAGAAAGCUGUGACAAAAUUGAGGCAACUUGAAGACAGAUGUACGGAGCAGAGGCUGUCCACAGCAAUACGAAUAACUAAAUGGAAAGAGAUGGUACAGAUUCAGAGACAAAAAAUCCAGUCUGACUUUAAGAAUCUCCAGUGUUUCCUAUAUGAGGAAGAGAAGUCUUAUCUAUGGAGACUGGAGAAAGAAGAACAACAGACUCUGAGUAGACUGAGGGACUAUGAGGUUGGCCUGGGGCUGAAGAGCAAUGAACUCAAGAGCCAUAUUCAGGAACUGGAGGAAAAAUGUCAGGGCUCAGCCCAGAAAUUGCUGCAGAAUGUGAAUGACACUUUGAGCAGGAGUUGGGCUGUGAAGCUGGAAACAUCAGAGGCCGUCUCCUUGGAACUUCAUACUAUGUGCAAUGUUUCCGAGCUUUACUUUGAUGUGAAGAAAAUGUUAAGCAGUCAUCGAGUUAAUGUGACUCUGGAUCCAGAUACAGCUCAUCAUGAACUAAUUCUCUCUGAGGAUCGGAGACAAGUGACUCGUGGAUACACCCAGGAGAAUCAGGACAUAUCUUCCAGGAGAUUUACUGCCUUUCCCUGUGUCUUGGGUUCUGAAGGCUUCACCUCAGGGAGACGCUACUUUGAAGUGGAUGUUGGCGAAGGAACUGGGUGGGAUUUAGGAGUUUGUAUGGAAAAUGUGCAGAGGGGCCCUGGCAUGAAGCAAGAGCCUCAGUCUGGAUUCUGGACCCUCAGGCUGUGCAGAAAGAAAGGCUAUGUAGCACUUACUUCUCCCCCAACUUUCCUUUAUCUGCAUGAGCAGCCCCUGCUUGUGGGAGUUUUUCUGGACUAUGAGGCAGGAGUUGUAUCCUUUUACAAUGGCACUACUGGCUGCCACAUCUUUACCUUCCCAAAGGCUUCCUUCUCUGAUACUCUCCGGCCCUAUUUCCAGGUUUAUCAAUAUUCUCCUUUGUUUCUGCCUCUCCCAGAUGACUAAGGAAAAGAGCAGAAGCUCCUUGGUUUAACCAGCACAGAGAAAAUAAUAUAAAUCCCAUAAGGGCAGACGUUUGGUCUGUUUUCUUCGCUGUCAAUUCCUUAGUACUUAGAAUAAUGCUGGGAUUUUAGUGGAUAUUUAAUUGAUUUAUGUUGAAUAUAUGGACUUAGAAACUAAAAAUACCACAGAUGGUUAACCUGGACUUGGGCAAAGCAAGAUAAUAGCGAUGAUCAUACAUUGCUGUCUCCAUCCGUCUUUAAUGGGUCAGGGCUUUGAUUUCCAAGGGUCUUCAGGUGAUGAGUAGUGGUACCCACAGGUCAGAAGGUCUGCGUUCUCCUAAUUUGUUUGCUGCCAUUUGAACUCAUGUGGGGAAUGAAAAAAAGCUGCAAUUAUCCGCCAACUGCAUUUAAAACCAAACAAAACAAAACAGGAAAAUCAAAAUAACGCUGACUCUUCCAACCACUGACGUGUUGUUUAAUAAUCUAAGCAGCAGUCCUGGAGGCUACCAGACUUACCGAGUUCUACCUGAGAAAUAGCCAAGCAAAGUGUGAGAGAAGGGUUAAGAAUGGCUUAUAAUGAGAUGCUUCAAAUGAAAAGGGAAUUAUGAGUAAAACUGCACUUGGAAGGGGGAUUCAGUUCUGGAAGAGAAGUUGGUAUUUUCCAGUCUGCUAGGACCAGCUACCUUGAAAUAUUUUAAAAUCUCAGUAAAUAGUUAUUGCUGAAAUGACUGUUCGUAGUUCUUAUUAUGAUUCAGAGAAGAUCAAAUAGACCUUAACUUCAUUUUGAAAAAGACCAUAUUACCAUACCUGAGUGGGUAAUGACAGGACUACAACUAAAACAUAAACAACAUUAAUGAUGACCAUAAAAAGUCACAAAAUUGCUAAAUGUUAUAAUUUAGAGUUGAUAUAAAAAUUGAUGGCCAGGCAUGGUGGCUCACGCCUGUAAUCCCAGCACUACAGGAGGCUGAGGCACGGGGAUCACUUGAGGUCAGGAGUUCAAGACCAGCCUGGCCAACAUGGUGAAACCCCCGUCUUCACUAAAAAUACAAAAAUUAGCCAGGCAUGGUGGCAGUCGCCCGUAAUCCCAGCUACUUGGGAGGCUGACGGAGGAGAAUUGCUUGAGCCUGGGAGGCAGCAGUUGCAGUAAGCCAAGAUCGUGCUGUGCCUCAAGGAAAAAAAAAAUUAAUGUUUAUUGAUAUCUGUUGAGGUCCUAUGACAUCACCUCUGAGAAUAGGAGAAAUGAAGCAACAGUUGUGUCUAGAUGUCAGAGGCAUGGCUGGGCCUCCAUCUCUGCCUAAGGGAAGACAUAAAAGAGUUCAGACUAUUGCCCAUGUUCCCCAGGGUCAGAAGUUCUAAUGAGGAUGAUAGAGGCUGGGUUGUAACUCACAAGUGAAGGGUAGCAGAAUAUGCCAUCUUUGGCAUAAGUAUUUUGAGCUGAAGACAAUUGAGAAAAAAAUAGAUUAAAAACAAACAAACAAACAAACAAACCCCUCUGCACUCUCCCUAUUUGCCUAAAAGCAGGAUAUGAAAUUGUGAAGGCAUCCUCCUACUCCAGGAAGAACAAAGGUUAGUCACCAGAGACUUUAGACUCUUAUCAGCCUGGACAUAGUACCAGAGAAGUCUUAUUUAAAAAAAAAAAAAAAAAAAAAAAGGAAAGAAGAAGUUGCCUUCCCACAAUUUAUUGCGCUAGUAACUCAAAGUCCUUUUCCUCUUCCUUGUCACUUAAAAAA